AUGUCUCUGCGCGCUGAACUCGAGACCUGGGAUGCUGCACUCAAAGCUUAUGAUGCAGAGGAUUUCGAAAAAGCGCUCGAUCUCUUUGGCGUGAGCGUUUUGCCGCUUUCCACUGUACCAUCCGCGCUAACUAGCGAACACGAACUCGCGGUCGAACAAUUCAACGCGGCCACCGGACUGGAUCAGUACCUUGCGGUAGCAUACUUUCAGUGCGGCGUGUCCAAUUUCCUUCUCGGGCGAUACGACUAUGCAUACAAGGACUUUGAAGAGGCACUCCUCUACCUUCGAGGAAAUCAGGCCAUCAACUAUGAGCAACUCGGCUUGCAGUUCCGCCUUUAUAGCGCCGAAGUCCUCUUUAACAAGGGCCUCUGUCACAUCUAUCUCGGGAACAGCGCGGAGGGCAUGCAAGACAUGCAAGAAGCCAAAAAGGAAAAAGUUACAGAGGAACAUAAUGUCAUCGACGAGGCUAUUCGGGACAUGGGAGAAGGUUAUACUGUGUUCAGCAUUGUGAGUCUCGUCUCGACUGUCCUCGAAAAGUCUCGCCCGUCGAAGUGGCAACGACCACGACACGAUCCGCUACUGCGAAAUAGUCGCACGCGUGGCGGUAGCAACUGCUACCAUAUCACUCGCCGCUGCGGCGGGAUCUGCGUCGAAACGGGUCUAGAGCCACCCGGCCUGCCAUCUGGGCAAAGCGACUUGGCUAUUCUUUUCUUGCCUCAUAUUCCUGGUCUCUUACGACAAUCCUACUGA